UUGAAAAUGGUGGAAUCAAAGAAGCAGAACAAGAAGUUGUCUGCUUACUGGUGGUGGAAUGAAAGUCAAAACAAUAGUAGCAGUAUCACAAGAAAGUCAACAUGGCUGCAAUCUGCACUUUUGGACUUAGAUGAAAAGACAGAAUCAAUGCUCAAGUUGAUUGAAGACGACGCAGACUCGUUUGCAAAACGUGCAGAGAUGUAUUACAAGAAACGACCCGAGCUUAUUAGCAUUAUAGAGGAUUUUUACAGAACCCAUCGUUCUUUGGCUCUACGUUAUGACCAAGCCACUAAAUUUGAGUCCAGUACUCGUGUUUCAACUCAAAACCAAACCACUUAUCAUCCAAAGACGACAGAUGUUGAUAAAUGCUAUGACACAUAUUCUGAGUCAAGUGACUUUGACCAUCAUAAUCAAGAGUCUGGUGAAUCAGAGAUCGACGAUCAUCAAAUUCAGGAGGAAGAUGUGACUUUAAGUGAAUUGAACAAUGAAGAAGUUAUAAAACUUAGACAAGAAAUCGAUAGACUGAAAGAAGAAAACAAGGCUCAAAAGGAAAAGCUGCUUGAGAAAGAUGAGGCAAAAAGAGAAGCAAUAAGACAAUUGAGUGUAAGUAUAGAUAUUCUCAAGCAAGAAAAUUUGUAUCUUAAGAAGAGAGUUGCUAAAUAGAUAGGAUUGUUACUGA